AUGCCCUUUUAUAUUAUACUACCUUUCUUGCCAUUUAUAAUUCAAUUUGUUUUCGGCAAAGGAUAAUAUGGGCUGAUUGCCUAGGCCGCUUGUCAUAUUGGAAUUUCGCUUGCUAGAAUAAUAGUUCCAAAACUAGUUAUUUCUUGGGGCUCAAGAAUUGUGAUACUUGUUGGUGGACUCCUCGCCUUUUCCUUUUUCAUUUACUCAUUCUACUUGAUUGAUAAAGUAUAUGACUACAAUAAACUGCCAGUGACUUCAGAGUACCAUCAAGAUAAAUAUAUAUCUGCACUAAUAGCUUUUAGUUUUGUGCUUGGAUUUGGAAUAGUAAUGGGUUACCAAGCGAAUUUAAUGUAUAUAUAGCACUGCGCUAUUAAUAUUAAAGAUAGAGAUGAUCGAACGGAAAAAGAGUAGUUGUACUAAAAGAUCUACAGUAAAUUCAUAUAUUUGUUUAGAAUCUUGGGUAUAAUUGGUGCUGCACUUUUGUUUGAAGAGUACCAUAAUAAUAUAUUUGCUACUUUACCUAACCUAAAUCACUUAAUGAUUUAUUGCGGAUUUCUUUCUAUUAGUUCUUUUGUACUGGCAUUAGCAAUGCCAGACCCUUAUAAAAAAAAUCCCAAAAUCAUUCAUUCAAGUUAACAGAUUCCUGAUUCUGAGUAAUCAUUCAACAUAUAAGAAGAAAAGGGUACAAGAAUUAUUAAAGAGCAUUAUUAGUAUGAAGGCUCAGAACAGUAACUGAAAUUAUAUCUCAGUAAUGAUAUUUUGUCAAAUAUUUUUUCAAAGAGAAUGCUUAAAUAUCUGCCUCACAUCUUAUGCUCAGCUCUAAUGAAUACUGUGUUUGAAUCAGUUGCAUUUAUGUUUAUGUUUAUAUAAAUCGCAGCUAAUCAAAAGGAAUUUAUAAUCAGAACAACUUUCUUUAUGUUCAUUCCUAACAUUGUGAUUCAAUUGCUAUUGUCUUUCUUUACAUGCAAAGUCUGUUUUGAAUAUGGAUAUUCUAGCAACUAAUCUUAAAGAGUUACUUGGAGGAAAGGUGCUAUUUUAAACUUUAUAAUAUUUCUUGGAUUGCUUUUGAUAGCCAUCAUUAAUAGAUUUAUCCACUGGGAUUUUAACCAAUUCAGUGCUACUCAUACUAUUGGGUUAUUUAUAGGUGCUUCGAUUCUUUGUGGUAUCAGUGAGAUACUUUUUCAAAAAUAGAGGAGAAGUUUGGCUCUUCAGUACACUAGCACUCUUAGCUUUUAUAGAGCAACUAUAAUUAUGGAAGAUUUUGUGAAAGCUAUUGUAUAAGUGUUUUUAUUCCUUCAUUUCUAUAUCAUUUCUGAUAGGAAGCAGUUAGAGGAUAUUUUGGAAUUAUAAUUUUUCAUAUUAAUAGCGUUAUCUCUUGGUCUCGGCAUAGUUCUCUAGGUUUUCAUAUAUUUAUGCAAUCCUUGA